AUGAAUGUUAUGACUUUGCCGCCAAAUUCAAACGACAUAGAUCGGUUCUGGAAACUAGAGAGUCUUGGUAUAUCCGCCGACGAAAACGAUGAAACAGUCGUCAGUGUCAUGAAAGAGUAUCAGAAGACACACAUAUCUUUCAAAGAUGGCAAGUACGAGGCACGGUUACCAUGGAAACAGGAAUUCGACAAUUUACCUACAAACUUCGAAAUAACGAAAAGAAGAACAGAACACACAAUACAGCGUUUGAGUAAAGAUCCCAGUGCAUUGAGAUGCUACGGCGAAAUUAUAGCAGACCAGGAAAGAAGAGACUUUAUCGAAAAAGUACCGGAAGGAGAACUAUUGAGGAACGACAGACAGGUACAUUACAUUCCACACCAUCCCGUGCAGAAAGAUUCAGACACGACACCAUUGCGAAUUGUGUAUGACUGCAGUUGCCGCCAACACCAAGAGUCACCCAGUCUGAAUGAUUGCCUGCAGUCAAACCCACCAGCUCUUAACGACUUGACAUCCAUAUUAGUCAAGUUUCGACUUAAAGAGUUUGCGGCUAGUACCGAUAUCGAGAAGGCGUUUCUACACAUUGGACUUCAAGAGUGUGAUAGAGACGUCACCAGAUUCCUGUGGUUAAGUGACCCAUCUGACGUGAACAGCCCUCUACAGACGUACAAAUUCAAGACAGUUUUAUAUAGGGCGACUUGCUCGCCUUUUAUAUUAGACGCUACACUUCAGAAGCACCUUAAAGAAAACAGUGAUAAGUGGGCGAGCAAAAUAAUGAAAAAAGACCCAUACGUGGACAAUAUAAUCUCAAGCUCUUCAGACGAAAAAGCAGUGCUUUCGUAUUUCCGAGAUGCUCGAGAUCUCAUGUCGACAGCCGGUUUUAACCUACGAGCGUGGGCAUCAAAUAGUGCCAAGUUGCGGAAAUUAGCCGAAUCAGAAAACGUCUCGGACUCAAAACCGACUACAAAAGUGUUGGGUAUGAAUUGGAACACGUUGGCAGACGACUUGGGAUUUCCUGCCACCCCCAUCAGAGCGACACCACAAAAGGCUACCAAACGAGAGAUUUUACGACAUACGUCACGAAUAUAUGACCCUUUAGGUUUGCUCACACCAGUGACAGAACGAGCGAAGAUACUUAUUCAAUACAUGUGGCGUACAAAACUUUGA